AUGCAGUCGCUAAACAUCACUCCGGAGCAGUUUUCCCGGCUGCUACGGGACCACAACUUGACACGCGAGCAGUUCAUUGCGCUGUACGGUCUGCGGCCGCUCGUCUAUACCCCUGAGCUGCCAGGGCGCGCCAAACUGGCCUUCGUGCUCACGGGCGUGCUCAUCUUUGUCCUGGCACUCUUUGGCAACGCGUUGGUAGUCUAUGUAGUGACCCGCAGCAAGGUCAUGCGCACGGUAACCAACAUCUUCAUCUGCUCCUUGGCGCUCAGCGAUCUACUCAUCACUUUCUUCUGCAUCCCGGUCACGAUGCUCCAGAACAUCUCUGACAACUGGCUUGGGGGUACCUUCAUUUGCAAGAUGGUGCCAUUUGUCCAGUCCACCGCUGUAGUGACAGAAAUUCUCACUAUGACCUGUAUUGCUGUGGAAAGGCACCAAGGACUUAUACAUCCUUUUAAAAUGAAGUGGCAGUAUACCAACCGAAGGGCAUUCACAAUGCUAGGUGUGGUCUGGCUGGUGGCAGUCAUUGUGGGAUCACCCAUGUGGCACGUGCAACGACUUGAGGUUAAAUAUGACUUCUUAUAUGAAAAAGAGCAUGUCUGCUGCUUGGAGGAGUGGACCAGCCCUGUGCACCAGAAAAUCUACACAACUUUCAUUCUUGUUAUCCUCUUCCUUCUGCCUCUUAUGGUGAUGCUGAUCCUGUAUAGUAAAAUUGGUUAUGAACUUUGGAUCAAAAAAAGAGUGGGAGAUGGUUCAGUGCUUCAAACGAUUCAUGGAAAAGAAAUGUCAAAAAUAGCCAGAAAGAAGAAACGAGCUGUCAUUAUGAUGGUGACUGUGGUGGCUCUCUUCACUGUGUGCUGGGCACCUUUCCACAUUGUCCACAUGAUGAUCGAAUACAGUAAUUUGGAAAAAGAAUAUGAUGAUGUCACAAUCAAGAUGAUUUUUGCUAUUGUGCAAAUCAUUGGAUUUUCCAAUUCUAUCUGCAAUCCCAUUGUUUAUGCAUUUAUGAAUGAAAAUUUCAAAAAAAACUUUCUGACUGCAGUUUGUUACUGCAUAAUCAAGGAAUCCUUAUCUCCAGCACAAAGGCGUGGCAAUUUAGGAAUUACAAUGCUGCAGAAGAAGAAAGGAAAGUUUUCUGGAAGAAGGAACCCAGUAGAGGAGACCAAAGGAGAAGCUUUCAGUGAUGGCAACAUUGAAGUCAAAUUGUGUGAACAACCAGAGGAGAAGAAAAAUCACAAACGACAUCUUGCCCUGUUUAGUUCUGAACUUUCUGAGAAUUCUGCUUUACGCAGUGGACAUUGAUUGUGAUGAUACUUUCAUGAUGCCAUUCCCAUUUGAAUCAGAAGAGAAAAUUAUUUUGUUUUUUUCAAUUCUUAAAAUGACAAAAAGGAAAAAAUCAUUUCCCCAUAAAAAUUACA